AUGAUUGACGGCUACGAUCUUCUAAUUGGAGCCCAGUGCUCCGAGUCUAUGAGUUCUUUGAAAUUCAGUUUUGAGGAUGUUCUACAAUCACUUGAAACCGAAGAUAGAUUCGAUGUAAAAUCUCGAUUGUGCGAACGGAUUGCAUUUCUGAUCUAUCAGGAUUCCAAUUUCGGACUUCUUCCAAUUCCCAAAUCCAUCGAAAGUGUGUCAUCAUGUAUCAAUAGAUUAUGUAAAUCAUUCAAUAUUCCCAUCGAAAACGAAACAUUCGUCGGUCCGUGCUCAUCUUCUGAAUCUCUACCCGACUCCAACCACUCGAGAGAACGUGUUUUAUGUGCAACACUCCUCACGACACCCAAAGAAGAUCUCCCGUCUCUCCUCACUUCUUUAUUUUCUUCUGAAUACCCCUCAACUGCUACUCUAUCACAGAAAUUAUUGGAUAAUGAUGAGAGAUUUUUGACGAGUUCACUGGCAUUGUUGCCAUUAAUUGAGACGGUGGACACGUCUUCAAUAUUCCAUCCGGUAUCAAUUUUUCUCGAAGCAAUGCAUCUAAUCAGUUAUGAUUGUGAAGUUCUAAUCGAUUGGCUCAAUUCAGAAUUAGCUGCUUCUUCGUUGAUUUUGAGAGUUUUAAAAUCGAAUUGUAAUGAGAAAACGAAGAGAUUUUGGACGGAUUAUGUACCACUAAAAACCCCUGCAACCACGUAUUCCACAACUUUUCGCGAAGAACCUACAUCGAAAUCCACCUCUUCGAAACCCGUAAUUUCUCUGAAAGUGAUUGAAAUUGUUGGAGAUCAAGAAAUGACAAAAACAUUGAAUCUACGAGCAGUUGAAACCAAAAAAGUCGCUGUCAAGAAACCAAUUAUUCUGAGGAAUUGUGGAAAGUUCGAGAAAUGGAUUCAGAUGGUUUCGGAGUUACGGACGAGAUUGAAACGACUUUUGACAGCAAAUUUGGUAGCGAAGAAAUUGGAUUUAAUAUUGAAGUGGUGUGAUAAAUUCUGUGAUGUUUUUAAUAUGUAUUCAAUCCAGGAAUAUCAUGCAGCGAUUGUUAACUUGCAAGAUCAUAUAACCAAAAUGGAGAAGAAAGUAGAAAAGAAGGAGAAAGAAGCAAAAGAAAUGGAUGAGCAUCUGGAGGAGAAUGAGGAGAAACUGAAAGAAGCAACGGAGGAAAUUGAGAUGUUGAAGAAGAAAUUGAAAGAAUCUGAAAAGAAGAAAAUGGGAAUGGAGGAGAAAUUGAAAGAGGCGAACGAGGAUUUGGAGAAAAAGACGAUAAAUGUGAUGUAUCUAGAGAAGGAGUGCACUCAUCUCGAUCAGGAAAUCCAUGAACUUCAGAAGACAGUCUACGAGACGGAGGAGGAGAUGGAGGAGCUCAAAACGAAGGAUGCCAAAGUUAUUGAAGAUCUUGAGAAGAAGUUGAAAGAGACUGAGAAGGAGUUGGAAGGAGUCAAAGUGGAUGUGGGAUUCCAUGAGAAGAGUCUGAAAAACAAUGAAACGAAAUCGAAAAUCGAAAUGGCGUGUCUCGAGGAGAAUCAUCGGAGAAAGAUGGAGAAAUUGAUGAAAGAAAUGGAAGAGCUCCGUGGGGAUUCUGAGGAGAAGGAGAAGAGAAUCGAGGCCUUGGAAAAGGCUUUGGAGGCGAAGGAGCAGGAUGUCGAUGAGCUUCACAAAGAGGUCGGAAAGCUCUACAUGGAGACGAAGAAGGUCGUGAAGACUGCGGAGAAGAAGAAGAACGAGACUGAGAAUUGA